AUGACGAUCUGGAAGAGAUUAACCUGUCAGCGCUGCGGCAAGAGGAGCCAUACGUCGGAUCGCCACCUCUUUGUCUGUUGCGGCUGCAGCGAGAUCAACGACGCCGGCAAAUGUCAGAUGGAGGAUUUCUACAACUUGAUCCGUCAAUGGUAUGACCCUGCCAAGCAUGGAG